CCGCUUAGGGCUGUCGGAGCGACAUUACGUGGCUUGUCGCGUGGACAAGAGGCGAGAUGACAGGGCAAGUUUUGCCUGUGAUGCUCCGAACCUAAAACUUGACGGCGCGUUGCACAACCGGAACGCCUCCAUUCCGCCCUCUGCCCCUUCGCUACUACCUAGGCACAAUGAUGGCAGCACUCUUCAGGCCAAUUGCAGGCACGCAAUGCUCUUGCGCAGACUGAGACAGCGUAAUGGUGCGUGCGGGACGAAAUGUUUCCGCCGAGGUUUCCACUGGGACCAUGUGCCACCUAUAUUGUGUCACCUUGGCCUUGUACUCAUUUCGAUCUUUACUGACCUUCCUCUCCAUCGGUCUGGCACUGUAAGCUGCCUUAUCGUGAUAUGGCUCUCCUUGACAUCUUUGGCUGUGUGGUCAGAUCACCAACAUUACUGCUGCUUUUUUUCGCAUCGCUUGUCUUACUUGUCGUUGUCGUUCACACAUUGUUCAUUCGCCGAUUACCUGCGAACGCGCCUGCUGCCGCUAGCGACAACUACCCUGUAACCGGACCAUGGGGAUUCUGGACGGAGCGCUGGGACUGGUAUCGCCGGCGGCGUGAUCAGUCGAAGACAGGCAAUUUUUCCUUCCACGCGGGAACGAAUGUCAUUGUCGCCCUGACUGGAGAGGAGGGACGCAAGCUGUUCUUCGAGUCGCGCGAACUUGGAUUCGCUGAGGGAUACGCAGUGCUGUUUGGUGGAAGCCCUUCAACGGACAAGUAUGACACCGAAAAGAGAGCGGAAGAAGAUAUGUCAAACCACUUCAGCAGGCGCCUGGCUGCACUCCUCAAGAAUGACCAGUUUCGACGAAAGCUAUCGAUGCUUACCUCCGAUACGCAAGAAGCUCUCAGAGCCAUCAAGAAUGACCCACGUGGCCGCACCAACCCCUUCGAAAGCGUUUACAGACUUGUGUUCCGCCUGACCAUCAGACUCCUUGGUGCUCACGAGAUCGCAGAAAAUGCUGAGUUGUUGGAGGAAACUCUCGGUCUUUUUGAGUACAUUGAAGCCAGCUCUACGGCUACAUCAAUCAUACUACCCAAAUUACCGUCGCCUGCUGUCUUGAAGCGCACGUACGCUGGAGCUCGCCUCUACAUGAUCAUUGAGAACAUCAUCAAGAAACGUGCAGCCAGCGACGAGAAGCAUGACGACGCGCUACAGUACCUGCUAGACCAGGGUGAUAGAACACACAAGAUCAUAGAGUUUAUUGUUGGCGCCCUGUUUGCGGGCUUGCUCAACAGUGGAAUCAAUGCGGCGUGGGUCCUGUGCUACCUUGCUUCUUCUCCCGAGUGGAUGGCUAAAUGCCGCGAAGAGAUUCGUGCUGUGGCUGCAAAAUAUACACAAGACCCUUCAAAGCCUUUGCGUUGUCAACUGGACGAUGUGCCCCUCGAGGCGUGGGAGUCGGAAUUCCGGGUUGUCGACCUGUGUCUGAAGGAUUCCAUUCGACUCAAUCUUCUAGGCACAGCUUUCCGAAAAAACAUCAGCGGUCGCGCGCUUCCCACGGGCAACGGCAUGGAGGUCAUUCCACCCGACGCAGUUGUAACCUACGCCACCGCCGACGUUCAUCAGGACCCCUCCAUCUACCCUAAUCCUGAGGUCUGGGACCCUGCACGGUAUCUUCCAGGUCGUGAGGAGGAUAAGAAAGUUCCACAUGGAUGGCUGGGUUGGGGCGUGGCGAGACACCCGUGCGCCGGCAUGCGGUUUGCGAAACUCGAGCAGAACAUUAUCACGGCGUACUUCCUGGCAAGUUUCGAUUUUGCCCUUGAAAAUGAGGAUGGGCAGAAGCUGAGUACUGUGCCGAAGGUGGAUCAGAAUGGGCAUUCAGCGUGUAAGCCGAAGGAUCCACCAUAUUUGAGGCUCAGUACCAGAGGACAAUGAUUGUGCCGAUGUUACAUGAGAGCGUUAAUAAUUGCAUAGCCAGUGUUCCUCGCAUAUAGAUCACGCGCUUUGAGUACAGAU